AUGGAUCUAUCCCAUCUCACACGGCCUGGCAUUUUAUGCCAGUGUAUUCGGUGCUCCAGCUCACUGGCUGCACUGGAGAACGAAUGGGCGAAACUAUCUAAUGCAUACUCAGUCCCGACAGCAUGGCUUAGUGUUGACCUCCAUCGCAUUGCCGUUUCUUCGGAGCGGAAGCAAAUCCCUCAUACUUCGGACAUGACCCUUUUACGUGGCCGUGUCAUUCAAGAGGUGUCAUGUAAACUAUGCCAACAACGGAUGGGUGUACUUUGUCCACUUGACAACGGGAUGAAUAUUCUGUGGAAAAUGUCCAAAGUCGCUUUUAGGGAGAUCGUUACCAUGCGAACGGUACAGCCCGUAUUCAAACAGGGGGCCCUCGAACGACUGAUUUGUCCCCCGAAAGAACCUCCUCGUCGAAAACUCGACCUUGUCCAGGGUAGUGCACUGGUACCAGCUGGCUGCACUGACACGACCCUCGAUCCAUCCAUGCAAAAGCAAAUGCUCCACCAGGGCCGAAGCAUCGAUCAGAUUUCGAACUCAGUGAACCACCUCCAAGACACAAUGUCAGAUCUCAAACAUUCAUUUACAGCACUUCGAAUCGAGUUGAAUGGGCCGGGCCGAAAUCUGGGGGAAGGUCCCGUACUUCAGGGGCAUGACUUCGAUAUGAUUGCUAUGGUACUGAAGGAACUCAAGUCCAAGUCUGACGAGAUCGAGAAAUUGAAGUUGGAGAUCGAGGCUCUGAAACUGAAGAACCGUUACAUGGGAGCGACCCUACCACACCAGCAAGAAUCAUUGUCGAUCAUCAACAUGAAUUCUGCGCUCCCUGAGGUUCGGAGCCCUGGCUUGCUCCAAGCGGGCCGGAAACGUAACUGGCCUGAUGCAUUCCCAGGCGACCGCAGUCAGGCAGUUGCAGACUCCUUCGACGAAGACGAUAUGGUGGAUGAAAUGUCGCUAUCAGAUCCACUGAUGAACAAUUCGCGUGUUCCUCUCAAUGACUACAGCCAAUCUGCAAUUACCAGUGGGCCACCAGCAGAAGAAGAACUGAUGUCUCUAGAGGUGCAGAUGCCUGCUCGAGAGCCUCAAAAUCCCUCUGGCUCGCUCCAAACACAAUCCUAUAACCUGCAACAAACCAUAGCUAAACGACCGCGCCUAGGUGCGCCGGCUGGAGAUAGCCCCCCAACAGCCCCUCCGCAGGCCCAAGCUGUUCCUCAUAAAAGACCGCCCGGCAGACCGAGGAAAUCGAUCAGCCACCCAAACCUCACUGGUGCCACAGAACCACCCAGUACCGCUCCAUCUAGCACGCAGGAGGAUGUCGAAUCAAACGGACAACCGAACAAAGUGCGACGUCGCGCAUCUCGUCGCAGCUUGCGUGCACAAUCCCUUGGGCCGAAUACUAACGACAAGGAUAGUCAAGAGGACCAGCAGAAGUCACAAGAAUUGCCUAAUGCUCGUCCUGAGAUCCACCCAGCACCCAACAAAAAGAGCAAGCGUAAUACUGGCUCUCCCAAUGGAAAGCGAACUGGUGGUCCAGAAGAUGAGGGAGAUGAGGUCGCUAUGAAUGAGAAGCGGAAAGCUAAGGUCGCGGCGCGGGACGUCAUGGCCAAGAUGGCUUUACAGCACGAGGAGGCUUUGGAGGCCGAGAAUGCACGAUAA